CGGCGGCCGGCGCCGGCGGGGCGAUCUGGCUUGAUCUUUCUAUGAUACUGUCCAUCGACAUUCACACCACAAUAAUAUUGCGCCCACUCGCUCCUCUGCCAGCUCAUUAUGGGUUCCUCACAACAAUCCCGUCCCAGGAAAACACGCACGUUUUGCCCUCACAGUUGCGGAUCCCGAGUGACAGACAUCGCUCGACAUGCUGCCCAUUGUCGCCGGCUGCGUUUAACUGAAAACAUCACCGAGGAGAGGAUUUGCGAGCUUGCGGAAGAAUGGUCACGUUCAGGAAAGAAGAGAAAGCAUUCCUCGCAUGUCACCGCAGAUAUGACCCCUACGGAGGACGACCCUGAUAGCCGGAAAGCGCGGAGGCCCAGACAAUUGGACUCAUAUGAGACUGGAGAUGACACUGGAGCGCUCGGAAUUGGCGAUGACCUCCCGGUCCUCCCGCCCGAUAUCGACGAUAUGGCGACAAUAGCAUUGUGCGAAGAUUCAAGCACGACAGACAGCUCGACUCCCCUGCCUACCACUACGACUCCAGCAGAUGAGUUCAACAUAUCCAGGGUGUUCUAUGGCCAUGCACAUGCCAAAGCAUUGAGAAGGGACGAAGAGUCCCAAUCUUCUUCCGUACAACGAAGCAUGGACAAUGCAGGCGACGAGAACGAAGAAGGGAGCGAUCACGAGGUAUGCGAUGCGAUGAUACAUGAAGAGAACCCAGGAGCGAGAAGCGGCGAGAGUGAGUCGAGCGUCUGGGCCGGGCACGUCCUGAAACAUCCUGGGGAUGGUGCACCCCGGAUCAUAGAGUCUGAUGGUGCAGAGUGGGUCUGUACGGAAGAGCGGGUGGGCCGGGAGGCGGAUUCUGAGGAGGAGAUGAGGAUGGUUGGCAGGGGGGCUGAGGACGAGGACGAGGACGAGUAGAGUCGAGCCUGGGGUGGAGGGUGUGAAGAAGAGGGUUGAGGGUGAGGACGACGGGGCAAGAAGGGAGGUCGUAGGUGAGUCUGGGCGAGGAAGGAGAAGUGACAUAACAAAGAUGGACGACCGGUCGAGGUAGCGAGAGCAGUCAGCAGAGUCGGCACCCUUAAGAUCCCCCAAAGCAAGGCCUGAUGACCAGAGAUGCAAUGAUACAGUACAUGGUCGA